AGCAAACAUUGUUAAUUCUCAAAGUUCCAAUCCUUUGAACCACAACUCGACGAUCGGUCUGGGACUUACUCUGUAUACACUCUCUCCAUCUCCUGAACCGCUCAUACAAUGUCAAACGACACGACAAUGACCACGCCUGCGCCUGCGCCGCCCACAUCCUCAACCACAACAACAUCGCCCACCGCCCACGUCGACCCAGCAAUUUUCACGUCCCUACAGGCCAAAAUCGACCAAGAAUCCUCGAUACGCGAUGAGCUCAAAGCCUUUGUGGACACUCUCACCAAGCAAGGCCGCCUGACACAAUCCAUCCUCUCGCGCAUCCACAACACACCGACGUCCGAGCUAGAACGGUCCGUCCUGACCCCGGCCUACGACGCACUGGCGCAGCAAGCCUCGACGGUCAAAGAUCUGGCGCAGUCGGCGUCGAAAUACCCCUUCUACAAAUGGAACAGCCUGUGGCGGAACGACGUACAGAGUGUCAUCGGCAGCAUACAGAUUGCAGAUUGGCUACGGUCGGGACAACUGGUGACGGUUGAACAGGUCGGGCAAAGACUAGGUGUGCCGGUCAACCUCAAAGACGAAGAUCAAUUCCACAUCACGAUCGAAGAUUACCUUCUCGCCCUGACCACCACCAUCGAAGAACUCGCGCGCCUGGCGCCUAAUGCGGUCACCUUGGGAGACUACGCGAGACCGCUGCAAAUCUCCAAGUUCAUCAAAGAUGUCCACGCUGGGUUUCAGCUGUUGAAUCUUAAGAACGACAUCCUCAGACGACGGACGGACGGGAUCAAGUACAGCGUCAAAAAGGUGGAGGAUGUCGUGUACGACCUCAGUCUGAGAGGGUUGAUACCUAAAGAGAAAGCUUGACCUUGAACUGGCACAAUGCCGAGGUCGAGAUUGACACGAGUCGAGAGGAAAAAGGACAAGGUGUGAGUGCCGCAUCGACGCCUACGCUUUUUCUGUAUCAACAUCAAACAAUAUGUUCGAGAGUCAAGCGAUGAGAUAUACGCAUGGACCGCAGAUUCCAGAUGAUACCAGCUGAUUUUGUACGAUACAUAUUCGAGAGUCGAUCGUUGAGAUACACAUGAGUCGAAGAUUCCAGUGGAUAACUGUACCCAGCUGGGUUUGUACGAUAUCUCGGAUCAAAAGGUGUAGGAAAACAAGCUCGCUACGAGAGUAUGAUGAGGAGGACGAAGGACAUGGGGGAAAAAUGCGCUUCGGAACAAAAUCAAACAUGCUCAGCACCACGAUUACGAGUGAUGAUGGGGCUCGUAAUGUGAAAUGAC